AGACAACUUUCAAUACAUCAAUACAAAAAAUCUUAAAAUUUUCAAGGUGUUUUCAACCGAAAAAGUUACGAUUUACGAUUUUAUUUAUUUACACAUUAAAUUAAUAAUAAUGGAAGGUAUAUUUUCAACCAGAGAAGAUAUCCUAAAGGAAUUGGAUACAAUGGCUGGAUUUAAUCAUACUCUACGCUCAGGACUAUUUCACCAAAGAAGCCAGAAGUUCAAAGCAGGAUUUUGGAACGAUGAAGAAUUAAGCCAGAUCUAUUGUCUUGUCGAUUCUCACGUCCCUACGUUAAGGGAAAGGACUGCAAUGAGGUACGAGAGGUUGUUAGCAAAGGAAGAGCUAAACGAUGAGCUUACCCAGAAGUUAAAGUUUUUAAAGAAUAUCAUAUAUACAAAAUGUUUUUAUGACGCGGAGAAUAGAAUAAAGGAGAUAUUGAACCAGGUCGCUGAGAUGCCUAAAGAAUGGACGCUGGUUCAGUUGACUUCACAACAAGCUACAGCAGAGCUUGAGAAUAUUAAUAUGAAAAAGUAUGAAACCAGUGCUAUACACAUCACUGUGUUUGAUUGCGGUCAAGAUAAAACAAACCCUUUUACAGUAAAAGUGGAUAAGCCUCACACAGCAAAUGACAAAAUAGAGUUGCUUCAAGAACUGAUGUCACUGGUUAACGAAAACAGGGACAGGCUAACAAACGUGUCGGGAUUGACGAGGUUUAAAAAUUACGAGGAGAAAAUGAAAUACAGUCAAAGCAGAGACAGGGUGGACGAAAGUAUGAACAUGUUAGUGAAAAAGAUUGAAACUAUCUGGCUGGGAGAAUUUAGGUGUCUUCUAAUAGGAAAAUAUCAAGAUGUGAACAUAGAGGAGUACAUUAGAAAAGAAAUUGACAGUUACUUAGAGAAAGAGAACUUCCUAUUGGUAAGGAGACAAAAAGAAAUUUUAUACAAAUUUGUGAAAGGUAGCAAUUUUUUAAGCAGUAACGAAAUGCUUAAUGCUGUGGAAUACUGUGUUAACGAUAAUACCGAGAGUGUUGCAAUUAAAAAACUGUGCGACUUCAUGAAAACAAUUAACAGAAAUGUAAACAGUAUUUUUAAAAAUAAACUGAGACAUCCUGUUAUAUUAAUUGUGGAUGAGUGUUUGGAUUGUGUUCCUUGGGAAAUGAUGAAAGUUAUCGAAAACGAACCAAUAUCACGGUUACCUUCACUACAUUUUGUAUAUUUGCUGUAUAAAACUCACGAAAAAGAUAUAGAAAACGGUCAUAAAGUUAUAAGAAAUUACAGUAACGGUUCGUACAUAGUGAACCCUGACAAAAAUCUGGAAACAAUGGAAAACAGGAUGACGAGCUUCUAUAAAUACUGGAUGCCCGAAUGGAACGGUAUUUCAGGCCAGAAACCGGGCAAAGAUGAAUUUAUCCAGAUGUUAACAGAGUCGGAAAUUUUCUCGUAUAACGGGCAUGGAAAUGGGGCCCAUUUAAUGUCGGUCGAUGCCCUUCAAAGAAAGUAUGUUCAAACGGUCGUGAUGCUGUUCGGAUGCGCCAGCACAAGAAUUAACAAACUCGGACCCCAAACGGAAAUGUACGGAUCCUAUCACAUGUACUUAAUAUCCAGAUGCCCCUGUGUGGUAGGAAUGCUCUGGGAAGUUACCGAUGUUGACACCGAUGUCUUAACUGUAGAAUUUAUCAGUAGUUGGGUGCCCUCAAAGGCCCCAAUUCAUUGGGCGAAUCUCAACAAAACAAAUUGGACAAAAGGAAAAGAAAAAAAAAUUAAUCCAAUACUCACGGAUGCAAAGGAAAAUAAGGAGGAAUUUAACAACCCGGAGCUUCUGAGAGCGCUGUGUCACUCAAAAAACUCCGCCAAAUAUUUCAUGACCAAAGCUGCCUGUGUUGUACGAGGGUUACCGGUGAAAAUCAAAGAAAACUAACCUAGAAAAACUUAUCACUAUUUAUUUAUUUUUUAAUAUUACCAUAUGUUUAUUGUUGAAUUAAAUUAAUACUUUUACUGUUA